AUACAAGUUAAUCCGAGAAUCCAAGUUUGCUUCUGUGAAUCAUUAAGCAUACCGAUAAAUUAAGGCCUUAUGCUAAGAAGGGAUCAUCGGACACGCAGUACUGUUCAGUUCAAACUUGGAUUAAUAUACAAAGUUUUUAUGCAUUUUACUGCAAUUGAACUCAAUUGGUGAGCUUGAAAAGUUACGGUUGUAGAAAAACAUGUUUCUAUGUACGCUGUUCUUCAAGUUUUACUUUCCUGUUGAUCGUUGUAUGUUUUUACUACCGCAUUGGCAAUGUAAACUGAUUUUAAACAACUGCACAGGAAUUUAUUGACUAGUAGCUGUAUGUCUAUCGGUAAUAAACGCUCGUUUAUAGGCACAGGACAAAGAGCAUAAGGAUGAUGCAUUUAAAGACAUUUAUAAUUAUUUUUCAACUCGGACAUAUACACGUCUCAAAUAUAGCUAUUGAAACGAAAAUAGUAAAUGCAAAUGUAGUAGAAAUUAGUUGUAUACUUCGCCGAGAAUCGACGAGAUUUUCAGUGAAUUUCGUAGAAACUGGUGAAAAAGCUGAAGUAAAAAAAGACGUUACAUCCUGUGGUCUGAAUUCUGUGUCGUCACCAGUUGAAAGUUGCGGAUGCAGUGGUUUUUUGCAAGCAGCUUGUAACGUUUCGGUACGAGAUUAUGGUAACACGUGCAAGCAAUGGAAAUGUGAAGUUGCUCAAGAUGGUCAAAUCUACCAUAGUGUUAACAAAGAAGUGUGCGAUAUAAUUUGCGACAAUGCGUCCUCAAAUAGGUCGCUCUUUAAAUGGGCUGUGAACGAUGUACCUAUUGCGCCGAUGUACCCUUUUAAAAUGAAAACCUACAAUGAACGGAACAUAAGUUUGAUUUUAGAAACAUUUGCCCAAGAGACGAACUCAUCAAUUGUGGUAUGCAGUCUUCGAGAAACGAAAGGACGAGAGUGGAGUUUGAAUUUAUUGGAAACAUGCACAUCCAUUAUAUCUGGAAACGUAUGUAAGCAUCAGUAUGGUAACCCGAUCAUCUCCAUACACGCGGAUGAAAGAUUUGCUAUGUGUUCAGUCAAAUCAACGCUAAGUUUAGAAAUUCCAUUGUGUAAUGCUGUCAACAGGGAGGAUUUAGGUGCAAAACAUUUUGUUGGAAACUUGAGCGGACAUUUCCAGCUAGAAGUCCUGUAUUCUGCUGGCAUUAGAGAAUUUUAUAUAUUAGGUUUGAGAGAACGAAACAACAUCCCGCUGACUAAUAACACGACCGUAACAGUCAUUUGUGAAGCUUUUGGUAACCCAUCGCCAAUCGUGGAGCUUGUGACACCAUCAAACUCGUUCACCAAUAAAUCAUUUUUGCAAUUGGACAUUAUGAUUAUCUUCAGUCGGACAAAUGUUGCCCAACUCACUUGUAUAGCUUCAAAUGGAUUCGGUAACGACUCAAAGUCAAUUUAUGUACACGAAGACAGAGAAGGGCACUCUGGAUCCACAACAAUCACCAUCGUUAUCUGUCUUGGAAGUAUUGUCCUUGGUCUACUUUCUAUGGUUUGUAUAUACAGAGGACGCUACAAAUUGUUAGAGAUACUGCAAAGAAAAGUUGCAGAACCGGCUUUUGAAAUGACUGAGGAUGCAGAGGGCCAUCUGACAAACUUUCCUGGGCAUAAUAAUGUUAACAAUCUCGAGAACGAGGCAUCACAUAGCGAAACAAGCCAAGAAAGCAUUCCGUCGAAUGAUCGUGUUCUCAAAACUCGUGGAUUUUGUAAUGAGACAUAUGCUGAAUGUACCUCUAGAUGCGGUCAACAAUAUUAUACAGACGACAAUAAAACUGAUCCUCACACCUCGUCUAGUCUGAGAACCUUGAGUUUUGAUUACGCUUCACAAGACGCCUGUCGUUCAGAGGCAUCCACAACACAAGCAGAAUGUAUUUACAGCAUUGCCAAGGAAAUUAAACAAUAAACGUUAAGGAUUAUGGUCAUUCAGUAUAAAAGUGUCCCCUUUCUCUCUUGUACGAUACAUGUCGGCAAAAUGGCUUUGUUUCUAUGACAGAUAUUACCUUUCAUAUAUUGGUUUCUUGCAAAACACUGCUGUGGCAUACAUAGCCAUCAUUGCCUAUUUGCUUCAUAUAACUGUAUAUGUCGUCUUUGAUUACAAUAUAUAUUUUUCCUUUAUACAUUUAUAGGUUUUUCGAAUGCACAAAUUAAUGAAACAUAUGCACCUGGGGACCUAACUGGCAGAAGUUAAAGUAUCAAAUGAAUAAAUAUCUUCUUCAAAUAUUAAGUAUUGUAAAAUUAAUUAAUUGUCGUGUAAUGCAUUAGCUUGUACGAACAUAUGAACAGUUGGUUAAUACCUCUCAUAUGUAUAAUGAAGUUCUGCGUGUGACGAAGAACAAGUUAACCUAUUAUUCUCAACUAGUGUUUUUGCAUAUAAUUAUGUCUAUUGCAUAUAUGCUCAUUGUGGAACCGUGUGACUUAAAUAGUGUGUAUGAGUUGUCUCUUGGAAAAGGGAAUACCUUUUUUUAAACUUGCCCCUUAAAACAGAUCUCGAACAUUUGGCAGUACAGGUUCGUUCUUUGUUUGCAAUUUGUAACAGUUGAGCAUUUAUACUAAAGUGCAAUUAAUGAUACAAGCUCUGAACAGUCAUCAUAGGCUUUGAUAAAGCUACAAAUGUUUUAUUCAGUUACCGAAUGUAUCUUCAAAUCAAAAAAUGCAUUCAGUUACUUGCACAUGAAAUCAAAUAACAUUUAAAUUCAUUCGUUUUAUUAUUUAAAAUUAAGUGUUUUAUAUGAUGAUUCAUGUACUGAAUGAGUCCAACAUGUAUGCAUGAUUGUUAGUUGUUAACUUAUUGUCCUGUUUCGUUUGUGCUAUUGUAAGUGUUCACGUUGAGAGCUGUUUCUGUUUUUAUGAUUUAUUACAUUUUGCCGAUCGUUUCUGUAAGUUGUGUACAAUAAUAAAUACCAUAUAUGGC